CUCUUUGUGUGUCGCGCAGUUUAUUCCAACGCCCUCCAGGAAUCUGCCAAUAGUAUACUGUACAACGGGCUGAUCGAGGAGCUGGUGGAUGUUCUACAGAUUCCAGACAAACAGCUAAUGGAUAUAAAAGCAGCCUCCCUGCGGACACUGACCUCUAUAGUGCACCUGGAGCGAACUCCUAAACUGAGCAGCAUCAUCGACUGCACAGGGACAGCGUCUUAUCACGGAUUCCUGCCUGUGCUCGUCCGCAACUGCAUCCAGGCCAUGAUCGAUCCCACGAUGGAGCCUUAUCCCCAUCAGUUUGCAACCGCACUUUUCUCCUUCCUCUACCACCUGGCGAGCUACGACGCUGGAGGGGAAGCCCUCGUCUCCUGUGGGAUGAUGGAAGCUUUGCUGAAGGUGAUUAAGUACCUUGGGGACGAACAGGACCAGAUAACCUUUGUGACUCGGGCUGUGCGUGUGGUUGACCUGAUCACCAACUUGGAAAUGGUGGCUUUCCAGUCUCACAGUGGGCUGGCUGUGUUCAUCAACCGUCUAGAGCACGAAGUGGACAUCUGCAGGAAAGAGUGUCCGUUUGUCAUCAAACCAAAGAUUCAGAGAUCCAGCACCAAUCAAGAGGGAGAGGAGAUGGAGACCGAUUCCGAGGGCAAUUAUUCAGACAUUGUGAUGGAGAGCAGUCCAGGCCCCUCCACCUCAGCCGAUUCCAGGCCAGAGACCGAGACCCGGAGUUUGAGCUCAGCUGUGACCUACUCCCCGAGACCAGGAGUUCAGUGUAUCCCUCAGCGAGCAGCUCUGCUCAAGUCCAUGCUCAACUUCCUGAAGAAAGCCAUUCAAGAUCCCGCGUUCUCCGACAGCAUCCGACACGUAAUGGACGGCUCGUUGCCUACCUCACUGAAGCACAUCAUCAGCAACGCAGAGUAUUAUGGUCCCUCACUCUUCCUGCUCGCGACUGAGGUUGUGACUGUGUUUGUAUUCCAAGAACCUUCGCUGCUCUCCUCUCUGCAGGACAACGGACUCACUGAUGUCAUGCUCCACGCACUGUUAAUAAAAGACGUCCCGGCCACCAGAGAGGUGCUGGGCUCGUUACCCAACGUGUUCAGCGCACUGUGUCUGAACGCUCGCGGACUCCAGUCCUUUGUGCAGUGUCAGCCCUUCGAGAGGCUCUUCAAGGUGCUGUUGUCCCCGGACUAUCUGCCCGCCAUGAGGAGGCGCAGGAGCUCAGACCCGCUCGGCGACACGGCCUCUAACCUGGGCAGUGCUGUGGAUGAGCUGAUGAGACACCAACCGACACUGAAGACAGACGCCACCACAGCCAUCAUCAAGCUGCUGGAGGAGAUCUGUAACCUGGGCAGAGACCCCAAGUAUAUCUGCCAGAAACCCUCGAUACAGAAAGCUGACGGCACGGCCAGCGCCCCCCCUCCUCGCUCCAACCACGCGGCUGAGGAGGCCUCCAGCGAGGACGAGGAGGAGGAGGAGGCUCAGGCCAUGCAGAGCUUCAGCAGCAGCCUGGCCGCCCAGCAGGGAGAGACAGAGCCACAGCAGGUGGUUGGCACAGAGGAGAGGAUCCCUAUUCCUCUCAUGGAUUACAUCCUCAACGUGAUGAAGUUCGUCGAGUCAAUCUUGAGUAACAACACCACAGAUGAUCACUGCCAGGAGUUUGUGACACAGAAAGGGCUGCAGCCCCUCGUGUGUAUCCUGGGGCUGCCUAACCUUCCCAUCGAUUUCCCCACCUCCGCUGCCUGCCAGGCUGUCGCUGGUGUCUGCAAAUCUAUCCUGACCCUGUCACACGAACUGAAGGUGCUACAGGAGGGGUUGUUACAGCUGGACACCAUUCUGUCCUCUCUGGAGCUUCACCGGCCCAUCGACACCCCGGGGGGCUCUGUGCUGCUCAGGGAGCUGGCUAACGCUGGCAACGUGUCUGAUGCCACCCUGUCUGCCCAGGCCACCCCCCUGCUCCACGCCCUGACAGCAGCUCACGCCUACAUCAUGAUGUUCGUCCACACCUGCCGCGUGGGUCAGAGUGAGAUCCGCUCGAUCUCUGUGAACCAGUGGGGCUCACAGCUCGGCCUGACCGUGCUGAACAAGCUCAGCCAACUCUACUGCUCACUCGUGUGGGAGAGCACCGUCCUGCUGUCACUCUGUACACCCAACAGCCUUCCCCCAGGCUGUGAGUUUGGACAGUUGGAUAUGCAGAAACUUGUGCCAAAGGAGGACAAACCAGCAAAUAGCAACAACACGUCAGCCACGAUAACAGACACCAAAAGACCAGACAGUGAGCUGGAGCCAGCGAGUGCCAUUGUGGAGCCCUCAGCGCAGGGGCUGUUGGAGGGCAUUACCCUGGACACCGACACUCUGGCCCCGAUGGAGACGGACGAGCCCAGCACAUCCGACACCAAAACCAAAUCCAAGAUCACCCCAGCCAUGGCCGCUCGCAUCAAACAGAUCAAACCCCUCCUGUCAGCGUCCUCCAGGCUGGGCCGGGCACUGGCUGAGCUGUUUGGGCUGCUGGUGAAGCUGUGCGUGGGCUCCCCCGUCCGUCAGCGUCGCAGCCACCACCCAGCGAGCACCACGACCGCCCCCACCCCGGCCGCCCGGGGCACAGCCUCCGCGCUCACCAAACUGCUCACCAAGGGGCUGUCCUGGCAACCUCCACCCUACACCCCCACACCAAGGUUCAGAUUAACUUUCUUCAUCUGCUCAGUGGGGUUCACCUCCCCAAUGCUGUUUGACGAGAGGAAAUACCCUUAUCACCUGAUGUUACAGAAGUUCCUGUGCUCUGGGGGACAUGACGCUCUCUUCGAGACGUUUAACUGGGCGCUGUCGAUGGGAGGGAAGGUGUGUAUCACGGAGGGGCUGGAGCACUGCGAGUUGCCUGACGGGACGGGAGAGUUCCUGGACGCGUGGCUGAUGCUGGUGGAGAAGAUGGUGAACCCCACCACAGUGCUGGAGUCUCCUCACUCCCUCCCCGCAAAGCCCCCCGGGGGACAGUCCUUCCCCCAGUUCAGCCCGCUGCGUUUCCUGGUCGUCACCCAGAAGGCUGCUUUCAACUGCAUCAAAAAUCUGUGGAACCGCAAGCCGCUGAAGGUGUACGGCGGGCGAAUGGCGGAGUCGAUGCUGGCCAUCCUGUGCCACAUCCUGCGAGGGGAACCUGUCAUCCGCGAGAGGCUGGGCAAGGAGAAGGAGGGAACCAAACCCGAGGAGGAGGGACCUCAGGAGGAGGGCACGGCCCCCAGGAGAGAGCCCCAGGUCAACCAGCAACAGCUACAGCAGCUGAUGGACAUGGGGUUCACCCGAGAACACGCUAUGGAGGCUUUGCUGAACACCAGCAGCAUGGAGCAGGCCACUGAGUACCUGCUCACACACCCCCCUCCCCUGCUGGGAGGGGCCGUCCGUGUCAGGGACCUGAGCAUGUCCGAGGAGGACCAGAUGAUGAGAGCGAUUGCCAUGUCACUGGGGCAGGAGAUUCCAAUGGACCAGAGCCAGGAAUCGCCAGAGGAGGUGACUCGGAGGCGGGAGGAGGAGGAGAGGAAGGCGAGGGAGAAGCAGGAGGAAGAGGAGGUGAGGAGCCUGGAGAGGUACCAGGACGUGGAGCCGCUGGAGGGAGACGAGUUGCACAGCUUCACGGAGAAGAUGCUCCCCGGCUGCUUCCACCUGUUGGACGAGCUGCCGGACACCGUGUACCGCGUGUGCGACCUGAUCAUGACGGCGGUCAAGAGGAACGGCCCAGAGUAUCGCGAUCUCAUCCUCAAGCAGGUGGUGGAGCAGCUCAGCAGUAGUCUCCCGCUGCAGAGCCGGGGACGAGCUCGGCUGCUGGUGGGAAACGACGACGUCCACAUCAUCGCUCGCUCCGACGACGAUCUCCUCGACGAUUUCUUCCACGAUCAGACAGCGGCCACCAGCCAGGCUGUGGUGAAGCUGCCCAUUAUACAGAACCUGGAGUCUCUGAGAGAUGAAGAGCUGGAGGAGAGGAGAGAGAAGAAACGCAAGCAGCUGGCGGAGGAGGAGGCCAAGAGAGCGGAGAAAGCCAAGGAGGAGAAGGAGAACAAGGAGCAGAACACGACGGGUGGACCUCAAAGAUCUCCCCCGGGGGGAGUCGUGUUGUUUGUGGGGACGUCGAUGAUGGCGCAAAACAAGACACAAGGUAUCACCUCCAGCGCACUGUCAGCCACUAACGAGGCCAUCAGUAACAUGGCAGCGUCCAUCGCAGAGGCAGCUCUGGAGGCCAUGAGAUCACACGGGCAGAUAUCAGGAGCCAGCGGGCUGGAGCCCCCCCAGUUGGAGAGCUUCCCCACAGCCCCUCCCUGUACUGAAGGUCCCAUCGGCUCUGACCCUCAGCCCCUCGGUUCGCUGGAGACCCCCCAACAACCGCUGUCAGCCCUCCAGCCCGGCCCCCCACCCUCCCAGCUCCAGCUCACCCCCAGCGAACAGAGCCAGGGGCCCCAGCUAAUACCAGCAGAGAGGGAGGCUGGACAGGACCACCCCAGCCCCAGCCCCAGCCCUGAGCUGGACACCCUCCAGAUGGAGAUGUCUCCAGCCCCCACCACAGCCUCCCAGUCACCGGAGCGGGUAGAGGGCUCGGAGUUGUUGACGAGGGGUGGUGCCCAGCUGGAGGGGUCCCCGAUGGACACGAGUAGCCCCGCCUCUGGGCUGUUGGAGGAGGGGCUCGUGGGGAGUGUGGGCGGAGCCGGGGGCCCGGCCGGGGUCAGCGCUGAGGACCCCGAUGAGACCUCGGACGCGACCAGCACGGCCGAGGGUCAAACAGAAGCCACCCCCAGCGAGGAGCACAGCAUCGCAGCUUCUGUGCCAUCUGACACUUCAAGCACCAGAGACCCCUCCCCUGGCACCGGCUCAGUCACCCCCUCCGACAUCCUGCCCUCCACCAGCAACAGCGAUGAGGACCCUCUGGCUGGGAUCAGUCUGCCCGAGGGAGUGGACCCCUCUUUCCUGGCAGCGCUGCCUGAGGAUAUCCGGAGGGAAGUGCUACAGAACCAGCUGGGAAUCCGGCCUCCGAACCGAGUGCGCGAGAGGGAGCGGGAGAGAGAGCGAGACCGGGAGAGAGAGAGAGCGACGGCAGCGACUGUAGCCACUGCUGUCGCUGCUGCUGCUGCUGCUUCUCUGGUGGGUACCCAGCCCGUCAGCGAGGUCAGCCCUGAGUUCCUGGCCGCCCUGCCCCCCGCCAUCCAGGAGGAGGUCCUUGCCCAGCAGAGAGUAGAGCAGCAGCGGCGAGAGCUGGCGCACACAGCGAACCCUGACACCCCGAUGGACCCGGUGACUUUUAUCCAGACCUUGCCCUCUGACCUGAGGCGCAGUGUGCUGGAGGACAUGGAGGACAGUGUCCUGGCUGUGAUGCCCCCGGACAUUGCUGCCGAGGCCCAGGCCCUGAGGAGAGAGCAGGAGGCCAGGCAGCGGCAGCUCAUGCACGAGAGGCUGUUCAGUCACAGCAGCUCCUCUGCCCUCUCUGCCAUCCUCCGCAGCACAGGUUUCACUGGACGGCUGGGAGGAAACCGAGGAGUGCAGUACACACGCCUCGCGGUGCAGCGAAGUGGGGCCUUUCAGUGGGGCAGCGGCAGCCAUAACAGAGCCUCGAGCAGCAGUAACGUGGACAGCCUCCUGCGCCUCCGCGGACGCUUGCUGUUGGACCACGAGGCCCUGUCCUGUCUGCUGGUGCUGCUGUUUGUGGACGAGCCGAAGCUGAACACCAGCCGCCUUCACCGUGUGCUGAGGAACCUCUGCUAUCACACCCAGACCCGCAACUGGGUCAUCAAGAGCUUGCUGUCCAUCCUGCAGCGGAGCAGCGAGAGCGAGCUGUGCAUCGAGAUCCCCAAACACCUGGAGGAGAAGGGCAAGAAGGUCAAGAGCUGCCUGGCUUCUCCCCCGCCCCCUCCUCCCCCUGGCACCGGAGCCCUAGCUCUACACGAACAGAAAACCCUGGACCUGCUCCACAAGGUGGAGGCCAAAGCCACCAGCCAGCUGUCGUGGCUCUCCGUGUCCAUGGACGCUGCUCUGGGCUGUCGCACCAACAUCUUCCAGAUACAGCGGUCGGGAGGGCGGAAGCAUUCGGAGAAGCAUCCCGGCUGUGGCUCCACCGUCCACAUCCACCCCCAGGCAGCUCCCGUGGUCUGUAGACACGUGUUAGACACCCUCAUCCAGCUCGCCAAGGUAACGUACAUAGUGUUUGAGGGGGAGGAAGGUCAGGACGCUGGAGGUUUGCUCAGGGAGUGGUACAUGAUCAUCUCUCGGGAGAUGUUUAACCCUAUGUACGCCCUGUUCCGCACUUCCCCUGGGGACCGGGUCACAUACACCAUCAACCCCUGUUCUCACUGCAACCCCAACCACCUCAGCUACUUCAAGUUUGUGGGUCGUAUCGUAGCCAAAGCCGUGUACGACAACCGUCUCCUCGACUGUUACUUCACCCGCUCCUUCUACAAGCACAUCCUGGGCAAGUCCGUCAGAUACACGGACAUGGAGAGUGAGGAUUACCACUUUUAUCAGGGGCUGGUUUACUUGUUGGAGAAUGGUGUGGUCACACUGGGCUCUGAGCUCACGUUCAGCACAGAGGUUCAGGAGUUUGGGGUGUGCGAGGUGCGGGAGUUGAAAGCAAACGGAACCCACAUAAUCGUCAACGAAGACAACAAAAAGGAAUACGUCCAUCUGGUUUGUCAGAUGAAGAUGACGGGAGCCAUCAGGAAACAGCUGGCAGCGUUCCUCGAGGGAUUCUACGAGAUUAUUCCCAAGCGACUGAUCUCGAUCUUCACGGAGCAGGAGCUGGAGCUGCUGAUCUCGGGGCUGCCCACCAUCGACAUUGACGAUCUGAAAGGCAACACGGAAUAUCACAAAUAUCAGGUCAACUCCAUACAGAUCCAGUGGUUCUGGCGAGCGCUGAGGUCCUUUGACCAGGCCGACAGAGCCAAGUUCCUGCAGUUUGUGACGGGAACCUCCAAGGUGCCGCUGCAGGGUUUUGCUGCCCUCGAGGGAAUGAACGGCAUCCAGAAAUUCCAGAUUCACCGCGACGACAGGUCUACAGACAGACUGCCCUCCGCCCACACCUGCUUUAAUCAGCUGGACUUGCCAGCGUACGAGAGCUAUGAGAAACUGCGGCACAUGUUAUUGCUGGCGAUCCAGGAAUGUUCCGAGGGCUUCGGUCUGGCCUGAGACAGCGUCCAACUCUCCGGCAAA